AUGGAUGUGUGGCUGGGCACGAUACAAAAGGAUACACAGUGUGGAAAGUUCAGAAAGCUUAAGAGUAACAGCAGCCUUAAAGACAAUGUGCAAAGUGAAACGAAAAGUUUAGUGACUAAAUUACCAUGCUACAUACAAGACGAACAGGGACCGAUUGGCUUAGUUAACGUAGGUAACCUUGUUGGUUACAUCAUAUUAGAAGAGAACAGUGUAAUGAAUGAUAUAAAAAAUAACAACUAUGCAUGCAACGUGAAUCUGUUGCAAAUGGAAGGAGAGUCAAUUGAAAAGUGGAAGUGUUCAAAAUUCCAAACUGAAAAACAAAUGAUAAAAGAAGAUGUGAAGUGGCAGAAAAGUUGUACAUUAUGUGAUGAACCAAUCUCGAGACAUCAAGCAGCUAACUCGUAUUGGGUAAAUGAGCAAGUAGACGAAAAUGGAAAACCAGUCUACUUAAUUAGAGCGGCUCAUAUGAGAUGCGUGGCGUUGAAAUGGAGAGUGCCAGCAAUGAGAGAAGAAACAUGCUUGAAUUGCGGGUGGUGGCAGGAGCAGGGCUUACACGGAAAUCAACUCUGUUCUUCAUAG